GGAUUAUAUAUUUAUUCUACCUUUCUUUCCUAGUUUCAAAAAACAAACCCCAUUCGUUCUCAAUCAGAAGAGAUUAGAGGAAAAAUUUAUCCAACAAUGGGCGACGAAGGAGAUGGGAAGAAGAAGAGGGUUGUGUUGGAAUCGCUAGGAUGGUUAACGGAGUCUUCAAUUAUGCCGAAGAAGCACCGCGCCAUCGAAGGCGUCGGCGCUUCGUCAAUUUUGGAGCUCAAAGCCCAACUUUACAAGUCCCAGGAGGAUUCAAAGAAGGACCGCCUCUCUAGGGAUCCCAUUCAUAGCUCUUCCUCGUCCGUCCACCGCGCUAAGAAGAAGAUCACUGCUCACGAUCCCUACUCUGCUAAGAAUUCCGGCGUUGAAGCCCGUGCUGCCAAGGACAAGCUCGAGCUGAAAGCUAUCAGAGACGGAGCAGCUAGCUACGCAGCAUUGGAAAAGAAAGCGGAGUUGUACGAUAAGCUGGUUAGGGGAGAAAUUUCUGACGAGGAAGAUCAAGAGAAAUAUUCUGUUGAUUUUUUUCGUAAGGGGCUCGGACAAGAUCGGCAACAGGUUCAAGGAAAUGAACAUUCGGCAAUUGCACGGCAAGAUUAUGAUGAUGAUGAUGAUUCCGCUGUACCUGAUGCGCGACCUGCUGAACUUGGCCGAACAUCAGCCAGUGUGGACAGGAAUGAACAUAAGCGUUUUGUGAUGGAAGUGCAUCAAGAAGCAAAAAUAGCUAGGGAAAAGGCUUCUGAUGUCAAGAUGAUGAGGCAAGAGCAAGCUGCUGCUCGUCGGGAGAAAUUAAAGCAGGCAUAUCUGAAGAAGAAGCUUGAAAAAUUGAAAGCUUCCUCCAAACCGGAGCAGACAUGAACACCAUAUGACCUCCGGAGAGGACCUGGAUGAGAAUGUGGCUCAUUGGGAGUUGGGACUGGUGAGAGCUGUUGUUGAGAUACGAAACCAUUGAGAAACCCGAUUGGAAGUCAAGGAAAUCUUAUUUAGAUUGACCGCACUUUAUAUCCCUGUUAAAGUUUGAAAUUGGGUUGGUUCAAGGGUUCUCUCGGUCUGUUGCUUCUGUUAAUGACGAUUUGAAGAACUGAAAAAAAAAUCUUUUCCAGAUUUUUCCAGGCAGUCCAAUCUCAGAUCACCCAAUGACCUAAAGACAAGAUGGUGGAUGGGAAGUAACAAAACACAGCCAUCUAUGGCGAUUUGGGUUUUUGUGUCCACGGAGACCACAUUUUUUUGGUUUCUCGACGCCAUAGAGAUUUUUCUUUGUUUUAGGAUGCUUAUGCUCUGCUUUGGGCACAGGCCCGACCAUCUGUUCGCUUUUGUGAUUCUGGUUGUUGGUUAGUUAUUUAGGCUUUUAGCCAGGCACUCUCUCAAAUGGGAUGUAAUUUGAGAGUUGCAAAAAUGGAAAAGCUCGAUCUCUCUUUUCCUUGCGUUCAUUGAAUUAUACUUAUUUAAUUAUUUUAUCCAAAAGGACCCAAAUCCCUGUACUCGAAUCAGCAAUGUAUAUAAAUAUCAUUGUGUGAGAGAAACUUACUGUACGAUCAAUAUGGUAUACAUACACAUCAAUGGUCUGAAACAAACCAUAUUCAUCUGUUUCUUCUUCCUUUUUUUUUUUUUUUUGAUAUAGCCCUGAUUUGAUAUGAGUUUUUGUUUAUGUACAAGUACUAUUAUGGGGAAGCAAUGGAGUAGGGAAAUGUGUGAAUUUAAUAGGCAAAGAGAUUCAGAAGCUAGGGCAUACAUAAAGAGAUCGGAAACUAUAAGGAAACUGGACACAUCAAAAUAUCAAAGCAUUAUCACUGCUGCUUAAUGGAACCAAACAUUUCCUGGAAUGUGCGCUUUGGAGCAUCGGGCCGAGCAACUAUUUCCACGACCUUGUAGUUGGAUUCUGGAUGAAGCAGUGCUUCAACAGCAACUUCGGCAACUUGAUCUCUGGAAAUUGAUCCUUCAAAAAGAGUAUCCUGAACACAUUACAUAGGGUGGUCAAGUCUGUGCCACAAUAAGUAACAACGUUCAACAGUUAAAAUUAUUGAAAAGCACAGAGUCAGACCUCUGGUUCCAUUACUAUAUUUCCCGCGGGUGGAUCAUUCUUUAACCCACCAGGUCUUAUGAUUGUGUAGUUGAUACCUGAUUUCCUGAUGUAUUGCUCUGCCUGAAGCUUUGCUAUCAGCACUAGUCCCAAAACAUUGAGUAUUAUAUAAGAGGGAUUUAACAAUUGUCCCAUAGCAGCUCCAUUUACUAAAAUAGAACUGAUAAGGAUAAAUCUGUUCACAUUCUGUUUUCGGCAUGCCUCAACAAGGUUUAUUGUACCAAAUUUGUCAACCUGCAGGAUAAUAAUAAGGUUCAGUAAAAACCAUUCCAUCAAAGAUUGGAAUCACACAUGUAUCACCAAUGGUAAAAGCACUUUAUAUCUUGUCGAAGUAGAACACAUUUUUCUGCAAGCACCAGUCUUUCGAGAAAGGAGAUAUAGGUACAGAAGCCAAAAGAUGGCAAGUAAACAAGUAUCCUACGACUGGGAAGAGAUUUCAUCCAAUGACCGGAAAAGACCAUCGGUAAUAGUUCAAAUAGGAUGGAUCAUACCCUAAAGCACCAGGAUUUAUUCAUCCUGGAUCACUAACCGGACAAGCACAACUACUAGACUUGAAUGAUACACAUUCUUUUACAACUGAAGGCGAAAAUACGAGCCACCAAUAUAACAAGAAACAGCCAUCACCGCAACAACUAGUUCUGAAGUAAAAUGAAAUCCAGAAGUAGGACAGUUGAUAGAUCACCAUUACGCAAAGGUUCAUAUUUGACUACCCACAAAUUCCCUACAACAGCAUCAUAUCAGCGAAAUGGUGUUCUAAUAAAGAACUAGGAUAUCAUUGUUAUCAACAAGAUCAUUAGCAAAUAAGAAGGAUUUGGAAGCUACGAGAAGUGUGAUUCCAAUCAUCAAUCAACUAAUGGGGUACUAUGAUUUUCCUCCUUAUAUUCUACUUGGUUAUCACCGAAGUUAAUAAACAAUUUAGUCAGAACACAUGUAAAAUCAGACAACAAGAUGUGUGGAAGCAAAAAUUAUUCAGGUACAUGUUACAGCUUUCUCACUAACCUUCCAUGGUGCCAGUAAAU